UUGCAUCUGAGAUGGACAUGGCAGUGGUAACGAAAUUAUUAAAGCAACUGGUUACAGCUCCGGCCCUUCCUCGUUAUCCACACCCCAAUCAUAGAAGGCCACCAUUAACAAUCUCUGCUUCAAAAAUGAGCUCCACUGAAUCCCAGACUAAAGCUUUUUCAACAGCCAAAACCAUCGAUUCACAUUUACACAUAUGGGCUUCACCCGAAGAGGCUGCAGACAAAUACCCUUACUUUCCUGGCCAAGAACCCACUUUGCCUGGAAAUGUUGAUUUCUUGCUCCAGUGCAUGGCAGAAGCGAGUGUGGAUGGGGCACUCAUUGUGCAGCCUAUUAAUCAUAAGUUUGAUCAUUCUUUAGUGACAAGUGUCCUGAAGAAGUACCCGACCAAAUUUGUUGGUUGUUGCCUAGCAAAUCCUGCAGAAGAUGGCAGUGGGAUUAAGCAGCUUGAACAGCUUGUUUUGAAGGAUGGUUUCCGUGCUGUUCGUUUCAAUCCAUAUCUAUGGCCAUCUGGUCAGCAGAUGACAAAUGAAGUUGGCAAGGCAAUGUUUUCUCGGGCUGGAGAACUUGGAGUGCCAGUGGGUUUCUUGUGUAUGAAGGGUCUUAAUCUGCACAUUUCAGAGAUUGAGGAGCUAUGCACUGAGUUUCCUUCAACAAAUGUCUUGCUUGAUCAUUUGGGUUUCUGCAAACAGCCAACAAAUGACGAUGAAAGUCUUGCCUUCUCAAAGCUUUUAAAGCUAUCCAGAUUUCCACAGGUGUAUAUUAAAUUCAGUGCUCUGUUUCGGCUGUCAAGAAUGGCAUUCCCAUACCAGGAUCUCUGCUCUCUUCUAUCUCAAGUUGUCUCCAGCUUUGGCAUAAACCGUGUGAUGUGGGGCAGUGAUUUUCCAUACGUCGUUGCUGAAUGCGGUUAUAAAGAAAAUAAAGAAGCAGUUUGUCUCAUUGCCGAUGAAGCAAAAUUGUCAUCUUCAGAGUCGGAAUGGCUCAUGGGCGGAACAAUCACGCGACUUUUCCAAGAUCAAUGGCUUCCUCAGCAAUAUUAAUGAUUAUAUUACCUGCAAAUAUCAUAUUUCUUUCUGUUGUCAUCAAUGGUCAAGAGUAUUUUGGCAACAUUUGGUCAAUCCUCCUCGAAAAUGCAACAAAAAUAUAAAUUAUUUUGUCACAA